GCAGGCUCAGCUGGAGCGCGUCCUGCCCCGUGAGUGAGUCAGCAGGCAAUUAGGUAAGUUGGCAAGCUUUUGGCUUCCUGGGCUAGAGCCUCCAGCCUCCAGGAGUUAACCUGCAGCACUGCUCGGAGGAGCAGGGGCCCAGCGAGGAUCCAAAAGUGUCGGGCGCCCUGGCUUGCCGGAGGAACGACAGGCGGUUUUAUGAGCAGCUGCGGCAGCAGGCCUGGCCCACAAAGUUACGAUAAUGAGAACUUGAACUCUUCGGGACGUCACUGUGAAAGAUCUUUCCUCUGUAGGCAUCAGAAAGUGCUGAGAAGUCUUAGCUGAGCAACGUGCAAGGGGGAGGAAACAAGAAUUUGGACCACCAUUUGCUUUCCUGGAUGCAAGAAAUCUUUUGAGGGGUUGAAUAAGGAAAAAUGGCCAAACGUACCUUCUCCACAUUAGAGACGUUCCUGAUUUUCCUCCUCAUAAUGAUGACUGCUAUCACGGUGGCCCUUCUCAGCCUCUUGUUUAUCACCAGUGGGACCAUCGAAAAUCCCAAAGGUUUUCCAUCCACUGAGAGCCCUCAGGCCACCCAGGGCUCCACAGCCCCUCAGCACUCCACACUCACACAAGGUCCCACAACCACCCAGGUGGACCCAGUGACUACCACCCCAGAGCCUCCUCUAUUUCAGAACUUCAGUGGCUACCACAUAGGUGUUGGGCGAGCUGACUGCACAGGACAAGUAGCGGAUAUCAAUAUGAUGGGCUACGGCAAAGGUGGCCAGAAUGCACGGGGCCUCCUCACCAGGUUGUACAGUCGUGCUUUCAUCAUGGCAGAGCCAGAUGGGUCCAAUCGAAUGGCAUUUGUGAGCAUCGACAUAGGCAUGGUAUCCCAACGAUUGAGGCUGGAGGUCUUGAACAGACUCAAGAGUAAAUAUGGCUCCCUGUACAGAAGAGACAAUGUGAUCCUGAGCGGCACUCACACGCACUCGGGUCCGGCAGGGUAUUUCCAGUACACCGUGUUUGUGAUUGCCAGCGAAGGAUUUAGCAAUCGAACUUUUAAUUACAUGGUCACUGGCAUCAUGAAGAGCAUUGAGAUAGCACACAAAAAUAUGAAACCAGGAAAGAUCUUUAUGAAUAAAGGAAAUGUGGAUGGCACACAGAUCAACCGAAGCCCCUAUUCUUACCUUCAGAAUCCACUGGCAGAGAGAUUAAGGUAUUCUUCGGAUACAGACAAGGAAAUGCUAGUCUUGAAAAUGGUAGAUUUGAAUGGAGAAGACUUGGGCCUUAUCAGCUGGUUUGCCAUCCACCCUGUCAGCAUGAACAAUAGCAAUCAUCUUGUAAAUAGUGACAAUAUGGGCUAUGCAUCUUACCUAUUUGAGCAAGAGAAGAACAAAGGACAUUUACCUGGACAGGGGCCGUUUGUAGCAGCCUUUGCUUCAUCAAACCUAGGAGAUGUGUCCCCCAAUAUUCUCGGCCCACGUUGCGCCAACACGGGAGAGUCCUGUGAUAACGCCAACAGCACUUGUCCCAUUGGCGGGGCUACCAUGUGCAUGGCUAGGGGACCUGGACAGGAUAUGCUCGACAGCACACAAAUUAUAGGACGGGCCCUCUACCAGAAAGCUACG